AUGGUUUCUUUGAAUAGCGAGGGGACGAACGGGAUGAUAGCUGGGUCGACAGCCUCGACCGGGAGGGCCUUCAACAGAAGACCGUCCUCGAGUAGCAACUCUCCAGAACGGAAAUCUAGCAAGACAGUAAGACGGAGCCAGUCUGCUACAAUGUCGAUGAAUAGCCUGGCACAGUUUAGGGAUACGACCAUCCGCUCGGUACCUCAGGACACAAGUGAUGAUGAAAUCAAAAAGACUUCGCACCCGAGAUCUGCCUUAUCGACUCCUCCAAGGACCCCAAACAAUGAAAUCAACAAACCUGAGUCGCGGAUGAAUCAGUUUCCCAUAAGUACUCGGAACGCUACAUUUGCGCCAACUAGCCAUCCUCAGCCGUUAUCGAAUGAGAAAACAAUCGAGUAUCGCACACGAGCCAGGGCUAUACCCCAUUCUCCCUCGAGUAGCACUGAUGAGACGGAUGUUGCCGCGGUUGCUGCCCCACUGAACGAGAUAUCUUUAAACACAUCAUUCCAGGCAUUAAGAGGAAGAUCACCCAAUCACAGUGUGCCAUCGUCACCGGUGCCACAAUCCGCCCCUCCUCUAACUGGGCCGAGUGCUCAGAUCUCAACAACUAUAUAUGCAUCAAAUGGCACCCCGCAAAAAGCGGCGACACCCAAGGUAACGAAUAAUGCCAAGCUACUCAAGCAAAGAUCUGUCAAGAAAGAAGAGUCAAACGGUGCACCGCAUUCGAUUAAGACUUCAGACUCCAUAUCAAAUCUUAAAUCAUCACAAGGGGGCGACGCUAGCAAAGUGCUCAACCUGAUGAAGGAAUUACGGGGUAGGAUGGAAGGAACUUUGGCAUACAGAAUUGGAGAUGGCAUGACCUGGACAGAAGGGUUUUGCACGAUUCAGGAGGAGACCGGCCGCCUCACCCAUAACAAAGAUGACAAGACCAAGAUUACAGUCAUCGGGGACCUUCGAGGCUGCCAGAUACGGACCAGUGGUACCAAGUCAGACGACAACGAAGGUAUCAUCGAAGUGUCUACAUUCAGUUCGCGUCAGGAUAUUAAGCUUCGGCCGCUAAAUGCAUAUCAAUACGACUGUUGGCUCGCGGCGCUACUUUGUUGGCAGCCAAUCCGCCCGGCAGGUCCUAAUAAUAAGAAGAUAAAGACGCAGCCGGUUCGGUUGGCAACUGAUCGGAAGGUUGAACGAAGGCGUAAUUCUGAUGCCACUGUGUUGAAGGAAGCUGCUAUCAUCAAGGUUGGCAAGAUGAUGCUGUGGGAUCGCAGCGGACAGAGUAGCAAUGCCCAGCCCGCUCCCGCAUCAAAGGAUAAGUCUUCAAAAUCCAACAAAGUGGCUGGACCUACCUGGCGACGGAUCUCGUGUAUUCUUCAAGAGAACGGCGAGUUUAAACUAUACAACGAGUCUGACGUCGCUUUACUCAACGUCGUAACGUUGUCGUCACUGUCUCGUUCCUCUAUUCAAUACCUGGAUUCUUCUGUGCUCGGGAUGGAACACUGCAUCGGUAUCUACCCACAUGCUAGCACGAAUACGCGAUUCCAGGCCGGUACGCCACCGAUAUAUCUUGCUUUGGAUACAAAAAUCUUAUUCGAGGUGUGGUUUGUUCUAUUGAGAGCAUACACAGUACCCGAACUCUAUGGGCCCGCCGGUAUGACCGGUCUCAGUGCCUCAACAGCUGCAUCACCCCAAACUCCUUCCCUCGCUCAGAACUUCGACCUUGGAGCAUCUUCUCUUGCAGAUGCGUUCAGAGUGCCACGUCUUUUUAGCAUGAAGAUCGUCGAGGCUAAACUUCCCAAUCUGCCCCCCCAACCGGAUGAACAUCGUCACCAGUUUAGUGAGAAGAAGGACACUGAGUUCUUUUUCGAGCUCUUUAUCGACGGGGAUAUCAGGGCGCGGUCUCCCCCAAGAGUGAAAGGAGCAAGUUGUAUGUGGAUGGAAACAUUUGAAUUCAACGAGCUACCAUCUCAACUGAAUGUUAUUGAGGUGGUGUUGAAACAAAGGACCGUAAAGCACAAGCGAGACCGGGGACCGACAAGCAGCAAUGGACCUUUAUCGACCUAUCAAAUAAUAACUGGCGAAGCCAUCGGUGUUAUUACAAUCAAUCUCAACGACUUGCAGUUUGAUGCCGAGACAGAUACCUGGUGGCCGAUCCUCCCGGUUUCCAAGGCUCAAGAAGCGCCUAUUGGUGAGGUCAUGUUGAGGAUGAGGAAAGAGGAGCUUGUGGUUCUAAUGAUGGAGGAGUACAAACCUUUGCUUGAGCUUAUUUCGGACUUCUCUAACGGUCUUACUAUCCUAAUCAGUCAGGUCGUGAACACGGAUCUUCGUCGCCUAGCUCACACCUUAUUAAAAGUUUUCCAGGUCUCUGGAAAAGCAGUUGACUGGCUUAUGGCUCUUGCUGAAGCGGAUGUCAGUGGUAUCUACAAAGAUGGCGGGUCAAAAGCUUUACCUAACGCUGGGUCCUCUGCGGAAGUCGAUGUCCAGUUAAACCAGGCGAACCCCGAUCCAUCUAUUAAAUCUGAUACUACUAAGCGCGCCCAGAUGGAAGCGAAUAUUCUUUUCCGCGGGAAUUCACUACUGACCAAAGCUGUAGAGGCACACAUGGCAAGAUAUGGCAAAGAGUAUAUGGAGGAAACUAUUGGCGGACAUGUCAAACGGAUCGCGGAGGAGGAUCUGUACUGCGAAGUGGAUCCAAUGAAAUGCAAGAACCAGGAUGAGAUAAAACAGAAUUGGAAAACACUGAACUCGCUUGUUAGGAGUGUGUGGCAGUCUAUCUUUAGCUCUGGAGGUAAAUGCCCGUUGGAGGUGAAAAAAGUUCUAUACCACAUCAGGCUUUGUGUCGAAGAGAAGUUUGGAGGUAUUAUUUCGGGACCGACCUAUUCUAGCGUUUCUGGCUUCCUCUUUCUCCGAUUCUUUUGCCCGGCCAUCAUGAACCCGAAGAUGUUCGGUCUUUUAAAAGAUCACCCUGGUACGCGGGCACAAAGGACACUUACCUUAGUUGCGAAGAGUUUACAGGGAUUGGCUAAUAUGACUACCUUCGGCGUGAAAGAGCCGUGGUUCGAAAAUAUGAAUGAGUUCUUAGUUGAACACAACGGCGAGUUCAAGAAGUAUAUUGACUCUGUGAGUGGGUCGCCUCCAGAAGUCGUUACGAGCUUCCAGGUUCCACCAUCCUACGCCACACCUAUAACAAUCCAAGCCCGUCUUCAACAGGGUUCCAAAGAAGGGUUCCCAUCACUUCCCUUCCUUAUUGACCAGCCCCGCGCCAUUGGUCGGCUGGUUCAGAUGUGGCUUAAGUGGCAUGAACUCCAAGAAGCAAAAGGCGGUUCGGUGAACCACCCUAAGGUGGCUGGUAAUGAAGAUGUGCUAAAGUUCCACGAGAUAUGUUUGCAUCUCAAAGAACGAAUGGAGAAAUGUGUCGAAGUCGCUGAAAAUGCAGAGAGGCCAUCAAGUAGUCUCUCGGGUCGCUGGGAGGCUGUUGCAGAAGGUGUGACCGGUUCAUUAGGCGCUGGUUCCGUAUGGGAAAGUGGUAGCAAAGAACCAACAAUUGGUGCUGGGUAUACUAUCUCUUCAGCACCCACACCCACAUCCGCGACUCCUGGUCCUAAACAGCGAAACCCGUCGCCCGGCGGGGGUUCCAAUUAUACUAGAGCUGUUUCUGCCACGAAUUACAAGAAUGGGAAUGCGCCCCAAACUAGCGGGUUUUAUGAGGACGACCACGAUCUUGGAAAUAUUGCACAACUCGGGAAGACCAAGAUUGUUGACUUUGUUGGAGGAAUAAAGAAGAAGGUACAAGCAGCAAAGGAUGCACAUUGA